AUGGGCCAUAAUUUCGAACCGCUGCAGAAUGAUCUGAUCCUCAGAGCCGCAUGGGGCCAGAAAGUCGAGAGACCCCCGGUGUGGGUUAUGCGUCAGGCUGGACGGUAUCUCCCCGAAUAUCAUGAAGCCAAAGGCAAUCAUGACUUCUUCGAAUGCUGCCGCUCGCCGGAAAUUGCUUCGACCCUAACUCUCCAGCCCAUUGAUCGAUUCGCGGGUUUAAUCGACGCAGCCAUCAUUUUCUCCGACAUCUUAGUGAUCCCCCAGGCUCUUGGGAUGACUGUUGAGAUGGUGGACAAGAAAGGUCCGCAUUUUCCGAAUCCUCUGAAAUCGCCCAGCGACGGUCAAUACGAGGAAAUUCUCAAAAAGAAAGUUGAUGUCGCUGCUGAGCUGGAUUACGUAUACAAGGCCAUUACUAUGACGAGACAUAAGCUGAAGGGGAGAGUUCCAUUGUUUGGCUUCUGCGGAGCUCCAUGGACUCUACUCUGUUACAUGGUGGAGGGCGGCGGUAGCAAACUUUUCAUCCAAACGAAGACGUGGAUAUACAAAUAUCCGCAGGCUAGCAAAGAUCUCCUGCAGAAGAUUGCUGAAGUCUGUGUGGAAUAUCUGGCGCUGCAGGUCCAGGCAGGUGCACAGCUGGUGCAAGUGUUUGAUUCGUGGGCUGCUGAAUUGUCACCCGCGUCCUUCAAGGAGUUCUCUCAGCCAUACCUUGCAUAUAUCUCCAAACAUUUGCCGGCACGAUUAAAGGAGUUGAAACUUGAUCCAGUCCCGAUGGUCGUCUUCGCAAAAGGCGCAUGGUAUGCAUUGGAUUCCCUUUGCGAUCUGGGAUAUCAGGUCGUUGGACUCGACUGGCUGCAAGAUCCAGCAGAGGCUGUUAAGAUUAGGGGAAAUAGGCCUGUGGUGUUCCAAGGGAAUGCAGACCCGGGCGUGUUAUAUGGAUCAAGAGAAGCAAUAACUGCCGCUGUAGAGGAGAUGGUGAAGGGAUUUGGCGGAGGAAAGCAAGGCUGGAUUGCUAAUCUUGGCCAUGGAAUCACACCAUUCGUUGACCCCGAGGACUUGAGAUUCUACUUCCAGGAGAUCCAUCGAUUGGCCGGUAGCUAG